AAUCUGUAAACGAUAAUAUGUGAAAUUGGUUGCCUGUUGUUCAGUCCAGUAACCCUAAAUUGACUGUGGGACACGUCUCAGUUUGUUGUUUUUAAUUUUAGUUUUUUAUUUUCAUUAUAAUAAUGCUAGCGAAAACUGGCCUUCUGGUCGUCUCAAAUCCGACGCACCUGAACAAGAUCCUGUCGAGCGUGCGGAGCCAAGUGAAGAACACCCUCUACAUUCAAUUGCUCUCAGCACUUGGAGAACCCUUUGGUUCCUUCCAUCAAAACAUCUUCACAACUUGGCCAAAAUUCAGCCAAACCAUCUCAAAGAUUUACAGCCAGGCUGCUUGCGAAUGUGAGCAUUUAGAUGUUAGGGUUCUGUUGUCCGGAUUGAAGUACAGCAAUCUGAAAAGCAUCCAGACACAGAGGCCCAUUGAUUUGGUUAUAUUCGAUAAGAAGCACAAUGAGAGUGAUGUGGAUGCUUUCUUGAAAGGGCGUAUCAGCAAUAAGACCAGUGGUUGUGGUGUUAUUACUAUACCUUCUGAGCAUCUGGAGCAGUUAGACUUUACUGUUGGAGAUGGCUCAGACAAGACUUACAAGCAUACAGUGUUGGGGGGAACCUUCGACAGGUUGCACACAGCUCACAAGUUGUUGCUAACAGAAGCUGCACUGAGGGCAACUGACAAGAUUACUGUGGGUGUGACUGAAGAGAAUAUGCUGACAUCUAAAACCCUGUGGGAAUUGGUUGAACCGAUUGAGGAGAGGGUUGAGGCAGUGGAGAACUUCUUGAAGGACAUCUGUCCAGAGUUAACUAUUAAUGUUACACCGAUCGCGGAUCCUUUUGGACCCACCCAAAGUGAUCCGACAAUGAACUUGUUGGUUGUCAGCGCAGAGACUUUGAAGGGUGGCAACAAGGUCAACGAGGUGAGGGCGGAAAAGGGUUUGGACACUUUGGAGGUGCUUUCGAUCGACUUAAUCGACGAACCGAAUCCUUGCGCAAAUGAAGAAACGAAGAUUAGUUCUAGUACCGGUAGGAUGAGGUUGCUGGGUUCUUUGCUGAGGCCGCUGGAACCGAAAGAAAUUGAACAAAAACCUUACAUAAUCGGAUUAACCGGUGGAAUUGGUAGCGGAAAGUCUGGAGUGGCGAAGAGAUUGGGAGAGCUUGGAGCGUACGUUAUAAACUGCGAUGUUGUUGCUCACGACUUAUACAAACCCGGCAGAUCGUGCCACAAGGUGCUGGUCAACGAAUUCGGAUCGAGGAUUUUGAGCAAGGACGGGGAAAUCAACAGGCAGAUUCUAGGUGGUAUCGUCUUCAGCGAUCCGGAGCAAAUGAAGAAGUUGAAUUCGUUGAUCUGGCCCGCGAUUGCCGAUGAAGUGAAGAACAUGAUUUCCGUCUCCGACAAGCAGGUCGUCGUCAUCGAAGCCGCGGUCCUGCUGAACGCCGGAUGGCAGGACUUCUGCCACGAGGUUUGGACCACUCUAGUUCCUAAGGACGAGGCGAUCGCGAGAUUGAAGAGCAGAAACAAACUUACCGAGGAUCAGGCGAUAGCCAGGAUCAACGCGCAGGCACACAACACGUAUUACGUGGAGAACUCGAACGUCGUGCUGUGCAGCCUGUGGCCCGUCGAGUACACGAGGAAGCAAGUGGAUAAGGCUUGGGACCUCCUGCAGACUAGACUCCUGUAAAGGAUAUAUUCAGAAAUCUUAUUAACUUCUUUUUGUUAUAUCUCUUUAUGUUGCAUAUUUUAUUCGCUGUUGGUUGGAGUAAAUAAAAAUAUUUUUAAUACGUG